CAGAAUUUAUUUUUCACAAAGAUGGCUGAAGUUAACGUUACUAUGUCAUCUCUCCUACUCUACAGUUUUAUUGCGAUUAUAAUUACAAUUAUCUCUUUCUUUUUGAUCAAGAAGAUUCUUACAAGAAGAAAUAUUGAGGAAGCGAAGCGUAACGCUUCCAAAGAAGUACAAACAAGUCCUGUCAAACAUUUGGGGCGAAGAAGAACGCGCCAUGGCGUUCACGCACGAAGAAGUCCAUUGAAUUCUCGCGUUCUUUCCACGGAUAAAAUUAUUCCUCGAAGUGUCAAUUAUCACUUCACAAGACAAUGCAACUACAAAUGUGGUUUCUGCUUCCAUACCGCAAAGAACUCCUUCGUUUUACCAAUUGAAGACGCGAAACGAGGAUUGAAGAUGCUCAAAGAAGCAGGGAUGGAAAAAAUCAACUUCUCUGGCGGAGAACCUUUUAUCCACAAACGUGGCGAAUUUGUUGGAGAACUGACGCGUUACUGUAAGGAAGAUCUGGAGAUGCAGUCUGUCUCAGUCGUGUGCAAUGGGAGCCUCGUUACGGAACGAUGGUUUUCCAAAUAUGGAGAAUUUCUGGAUAUAAUGGCUGUGUCUUGUGACAGUUUUGAUGAGGAGAAAAAUCGUCAGAUUGGACGUCAUCAAUCUGGGAAGGGAAACCUGAAGUGUUUACAGAAUAUACGUGAUUGGUGCAAGAAAUACCGCGUGGCCUUCAAGAUCAACACGGUGGUUAACACUUUUAAUUUUGACGAGGAUAUGACCGAGCGCAUCAAGGAACUCGCCCCAGUUCGUUGGAAGGUUUUCCAGUGUCUUCUCAUCGAGGGAGAGAAUUGUGGCGCAGAUGCGUUGCGACAAGCUCAAAAGUUCGUAAUCUCCGAUGACCAAUUCAAUCGUUUUGUUGAAAGACAUUCCAAGUUACCUUGUCUUGUUCCUGAAUCAAAUGAAAAGAUGCAGAACUCGUAUCUCAUUCUGGACGAGUGUAUGCGUUUCCUGGAUUGUAGAUCUGGCGCCAAAACUCCAUCCAAAUCUCUGUUAGAUGUAGGAGUUGAAGACGCCAUAAAUGCGAGUGGAUUCGAUGAAGAGAUGUUCUUGAGACGAGGGGGAAAAUACACGUGGAGCAAAGCUGACAUGAAUCUGGAAUGGUAGCCUAAUGCAACACAGCGGUCAAAUGUCGAGCAUGCGCGCGAGGAUUAAUUCUUGCUAACCGUGCGCUAAUUUCUCGCACAAAGGUUCAUCGGGAAAAAUAACAAAUGGCCAUUGCCUCUCUAAAUAAACGAUGGAAUGGAUAAUUGAAACGUUCAUAGAAAUGUUCAUAGAAAUCUGUAAAAGGAAACCAAAUUUGGGAAAAAGAAUUUUCGACACUUUCCCCUCCCCCCCCCUCCCACGAAAGCUUAUGUAAAUUUUCAAUUUCAAUUCAUUUAUACUAAUACAUUUACAGUUUGGCAUCUACCGGUCGCAGAUAGCAACAGCUAGCCCGAGCAGUAGUUUCACGGAGAUUAAUACAUUAAUAAAAAUUUUACUGGAACAGAUUACAGAGAAGAAAUGAACAAUAUACACAUGCUAGUUACAAUCAUAAGAGUUCUAAGAUGAGAAAUUACAACUUCGAAAUGGAAACAAUAGUUUCUAUGAAGGAAAAAACCUCGCUGCAUAUUAAACGAGUUUGAGUAUUUACUAAUGGUAUUUCAGUUUUUCAAGUUUUGUCUUUUUUCAUUUUUGGAUAAAUUUGUUAUUUUACGUUUGGAUAUUUUUUUAUAUUUUGUUUGUCUUUGUACUUAUUUUCAGUUAAGUUCUGUUUAAAGAUUUUGCUAGUAUAGCGAAAACCUACUUUUGGUUUCCUGCGAUCUAAUUAAUAAAAUGUUGAAUUAAUUACAAAAUAGAGA